AUGUCGGUAGAAACAACAAGUGGAUUUCAUAUAAAUGUAAAAUGCCAUGAAAGACCUAUUACAGAUUUAAAAUUUAAUAAGGAUGGAGAUUUGAUUUUUGUAUCUUCCAAAGACUCCACAUGUUCGGUAAUUUACAAUGAUGGUACUCCCCUUGGCUCAUAUUCAAAGCAUGAUGGUUCAAUUUUUUCAUUUUCACUCAAUGAUACAUCACAACAUCUUUUAACAGGCAGUGCAGAUCAAACAAUUAUUCAGUGGGACAUAGAAACAGGGCAAUAUAUAGAACAAAAAUUUGUAAAGAGCGUAGUUAAAAGUACAGACAAUUUUACAAAUAAAGAUCUUUUUAUUAUUGGAUGCGAUGGCUCAAUGGGCAAAGACAAGUGCAUAAUUUUGUACGAUUGUAGAUCUAAAGAAAUGAAUAAACUUUAUAGCUUAGAAACCAAUCUUACAGGUGUUCUAAUAGAUUAUACACAAAAUAUUGUAAUUAUUUCCAAUGAUGAUGGUUCAAUAAAUAAGUUUGAUAUAAGAAACAAUAAGAUUUUAGCUAGUAAUAAUGUACAUACUAGUAAAAUUACAAAAAUUAGACCAAGUGCAUGUCGUACAUUUUUUAUUACUUCUUCGGUUGAUUCUCAAGCUAAAAUAGUAGAUAUAUCAGAUUUGAAUGUUUUGAAAACAUUUGUAUGUGAAGAACCAGUAAAUUGCUCAGUUAUUUUUAAUUCAAAUGAUAAAGUAAUUUGUGCGGGAGGAAUUAACGCAAGAGAUGUCACAUUAAACAAAGGAAAAAAUAAAUUUGAUACAAAGUUUUUUGAUGUCAUAACUACUGAACAAAUAGGAUAUUACACCUCACAUUACGGAACAAUAAAUUGCGUAGAUGUACAUCAUAAAAAUACAAUGUAUUGUUCUGGUGGUGAGGAAGGUUUAGUAUCAAUAAUAGCCUUUGGUAACGAUUUUUUUUCUUCAGGAUUUACAAAAUUUGAUUAA